AGAGUGGCGCCAGCUUUCAAACCCCAGACCGGAAAUAGAGCGCCUCAAAGGCUUGUCGUUCUGGCCGAACUCGCUCUCGUUUUCAGCGGUUAUUUUGCUCCAAUUUUUUGUUAAACUGUUAGUGUGUUUCAAAGUUUGACUUUGUUCACCGCUGGGAGGAUUGAGGACGGCUGGUGUCACGUCAAACAUGGCGGGUUCGUCUGCGCAGAGUCAGUAUGGACGUCUGACCGCUGAGCAGAUGGACGAGCAGAGACUCGAAAAUGUUGCCUAUAACUAUCUGUGUCGACUGGAGGAAGCAAAGAGGUGGAUGGAGGCGUGUCUGGGGGAGGAGCUCCCUGCUCCCGUCGAGCUUGAGGAGGCGUUGCGGAACGGCGUAAUUCUCGCCAAACUCGGCCAUCGCUUCGCCCCCGCAACCGUUCCUUUGAAGAAGAUUUACGACCUGGAGCAACUCCGCUACCAGGGGGUGGGUCUUCAGUUCCGACAUACUGACAACAUCAACCACUGGAGGGAAGCCAUGACUGCCCUUGGACUGCCAGCGAUCUUCCAGCCAGAAACGACCGACAUUUACGACAAGAAGAACAUGCCGAGGACUGUUUACAGCCUCCAUGCGCUCAGCAUGUACCUGUACAGACUCGGCCUGGCUCCACAGAUCACGGACCUUUGCGGGAAGGUUAAGUUCACAGAGGAGGAAAUCAACUACAUGAGGCUGGAGUUGGACAAAUAUGGAAUCCAGCUUCCCGCCUUUCACAAAAUUGGAGGGAUUCUGUCCAAUGAGCUGUCAGUGGACGAAGCUGCAGUUCAUGCGGCGGUCAUCGCCAUCAAUGAGGCUGUGGAAAGAGGUCAGGUCGAGGUCACGGCAGAGGCUCUCAGGAACCCAAGCGCCCAGCUCGGUGAACUGCAGGAGGCGCUGAUGAGCAUUUACCAAGAGAUGCUGCUUCAGGCCAAAAGAAAGAAAGCACAGCUGGCUGCCACCCGGGGUGGGGGCUCAGAGGACAACGACAUCUAUGAAGAGUACCUGACUCGCAGAGAAAUCCAAAACAACGUUCUCCUGGUCAACGUGAGAUCAGCGGUGGAGCAGGUGGAUGAAGCUCUGGACUCUGCAGACGACCUUUCUCUCUUCUGCGCUCUCCAGCUGCCAUGUUUGGCCCUCAAGGGCCUCCAGAGAGAUAACAGGUCAUGGUACCUGGAACAGCUGACAACUGACCGCCACAUGAAGGCGCUGGAUCAGGGCUCCGUGGAUCCACUUAAUCCCGAUGAGCUUCAAGAGGCUGUGAGCGCUGCGAACCAGGAAGCGGAGAGCGCUAGGAAGAUUGAGGCAGCGGUACAGAGCGUCAACGACUCAUUGCGCGGCAGUGACGCAAGACGCACGGUCAACUGUCUGAUGACCUCUGACCUCCAGCUUCCCCCUGUCUUCCCGACUGCUGCCUCGCUGUAUCACCGAGAACUGCAGCUCUUGCAGAGACGCGCGGCCCAGGGUGUGCUGCAGCAGGAGGAGAUGUUUGUUGCCGUGGAAAUGCUGUCCGCAGUGGUGCUCAUCAAUCAGGUGGUGGAGACCGCAGACCUCCAGCAGUUCAGUUCCUCGUUGGUCAGUCCAUCGGUGGGCUUGGCUGAUGUCGACCACGCCUUGAUGGACUGGUACUUUGAGUCUCUGACUCGGAUGAAGCAGCAGGCAGGCAGAGAACUGCUGACCUGGAAUCAGCUGCAGGAGGGAAUCAACUCUGUGAACAAAAGUGCGCAAGCCGAACACCAGCAGAUUCUGGCACUCCGUCUGGUGAAUGAGGCCGUGUUCGUUGGGGACGCCCAAAAGCUGCUCUCGGCACUGACGCUGCCCUCUAGCGGUGUGGAGGAGGUGGUUCCCAUCAACGCCUACAGAUAUCUCAGCUUGUUGAGCGUAACCAAGCAGCGAAAAUCUCAGUUAAGUGGAGGUGCAGAAGCCGAGCUGCGGUUGGCUGAUAUACAGGAAGUGGUGAGAAGAGCCAACCAGGACACCCGGAAAGCUCUGAAGUUGUGUCUGGCAGCCGCUGCUGUCAACCAAGCUGUGAAAGAGAGACAGCCGCAUCAGACACUGCGAGUUUUGUCUCUACCAGAGCUGGCACUACAGGGUGUGGACCGUCGCUGUGCGGCAGAGUACCAGCAACGGCUUUACGCUCUCAUCCGGCAAAAGAUGAGCACAGGAGACAACAGGAGUCAGUGGGUUCGAUUCCAAAUGGGUGAUGGAUCGUUGUACUUUUUCGAUCUGAACAAACUGGAAGGCCACUGGGAGAAACCGCACAGUUUUGUGCCCAACAGCGUGUUCCUGGACCAACACGAGAUCCAGGAAGUGGUCAGCAGUGUUUGGAACGCGUACGAGCACCAGAUGCUGUGGGCCAAUAACGAAGCACUGGUCAUUCGCCUGCAGGCGGCCAUUCGAGGCUUUCUCAUUCGGCAGCAGGUGGCGUCUCGUCAAUGUUACCUACACAGCCAGACCGACGCUGUCAUCCUGAUCCAGUCUCACUGGAGGAAGGUGGUCCAGCAGAGAGCGUACAGGCGGCGGCUGCAGUUCCUCUACAUGAACUGGAGGGCGGCGGUGAAGAUUCAGGCCUUUGUGAAGAUGUGGUUAACCAGAAGACGAUAUCGAGCUCGAUUAAAUUUCUUCAGACAAAAUGUGGCCGCCAUCAUUAAGAUCCAGGCUUUCUUCAGAGCCAGUCGGGCGCGGGGAGAUUAUAGAAUGCUGGUGCACUCGGACACGCCCCCCCUCUGCGUGGUGAGGAAGUUUGUUCACCUGCUCGACUUGGGUGACGGAGACAUUCGGGAGGAGGCGGAACUUCUUCGCCUUAGGCAGGAAGUGGUGAGGACCAUUCGCUUCAACCGCCAGCUGGAGGCCGACCUGGACCUGAUGGACCUAAAGAUUGGCCUCCUGGUCCGCAACAGAGUCACCUUGCAGGAAGUGGAGUCUCACUGCAGGAAACUAACCAAGAAGAACAAGGAGAAGCUGUCAGACAUGAUGGACGUGGAGAGGAGUAAAGGUCUCAAGGCUCUGAGCCGAGACCGGAAGGAGAGACUUGAAGCCUACCAGCACCUCUUCUACCUGCUACAGACCGAGCCCUCCUACCUGGCCCAGCUGAUCUUUCUGAUGCCUCAGAGUCGUUGCACCUCAUUCAUGGAGAUGUUGGUCUUUAGCCUGUUCAACUACGGCGCUGACCACCGUGAGGCCUUCUUGCUGCUGCAGCUUUUCACUGAGGCGCUGCAGUUUGAGAUCAGGUCAAAGGUCAGUCAGCCAAAGGAGGUGAUCACAGGUAACCCCUUUGUCAUCAAGAUGUUGGUGAACUUCUACCGCAAUGCUCGUGGUCACAACGUCCUGCGGGAGAUGCUCGGCCCGGCACUGCAGGACAUCCUGCUGGAACGCAGCCUCGUCAUCAGGACAGACCCUGUGGACGUCUACAAGACUUGGAUCAACCAGACCGAGACCCAGACUGGGUUCAAGAGCUCACUGCCCUACGACGUCUCCCCCGAAGACGCUCUGUCCCACCCCGAAGUCCAGCGGCGCAUCGACAUUGCCGUGGUCAACCUGAAGAACCUGACAGAUCGAGUCCUCAAGGCCAUCACCUCCAACCUCCACAAGCUUCCCUAUGGUCUACGUUACACCGCCAAGGUUCUGCGAGACAGCUUGAGGACAAAGUUCCCUGCUGCCACCAAGGAUGAAGUGUACAAGGUUGUCGGCAACUUGGUCUACUAUCGCUUCAUGAAUCCUGCCAUUGUGGCUCCGGAUGGCUUUGACAUCGUGGAGCGUUCGGCAGGAUCCACCCUGCAACCCGACCAGCGCCACCUCCUGGGCUCCAUUGCCCGCAUACUGCAGCAUGCCGCCGCCAACAAGCACUUCCAUGGCGAUGGAGCCUAUGUCAGCGCCCUCAACCAGUAUAUCAGCCAGACUCAUGCCAAGUUCAGGAAGUUCCUGCUGUCCGUCUGUGACGUUCCCGAUCCUGAGGAUUGCUUCAGGAUGGACGAAUACUCGGAGCUGCUGAUCGUCCACCGACCUGUGAUUUAUAUCUCCGUCAGUGAGCUGCUCAAUACGCACAAGCUUUUGUUGGAACAUCAGGAGGUUCUAUGUUCUGAGCAAUCAGACCCGCUCCGAGUUCUGCUGAACGACAUCGGUCCAGUUCCGACACUACAGGAGCUGAUGGGUACUACAACGACUGCAGCAGAUCCAGCGUCAGAAUGUUCUUCCAGCAAGACCGAAGUUUCUCUGACGCUCACCAAUAAGUUUGAGGUUUUUAACGACUCUGAGGACAACGCUGAUGUCAAAGGACUGCUGCUCAGCACAAAGCAGUUGAUCAUUGACGUCAUCAGGACUCAGCCUGGUGAGACGCUGGGUGACGUCCUCAGAGCUUCAACGUCACGGGACCAGGAAGUGCGUCACGAGCGUCUGAUGCAGCGGCGCGCUGGUCGAGACGCCUGCACGCCAGAGAAAUUGAAGAGGAACCCGUCGCUGAUGGCGGACAGCACGCUGAGUGUGGAGGAGAAGAAGAGGAAGAUCGUGCGGAGUCUUCGUCGCCUGGAGGCUCUUGGAGUCCUUCCAGCGGCACGCGGGCGUGACCACAUACUCCAGAUGAUCGCCAAGGACGUGCGCAGCCAGCGUCUGCGCCGCCAGCGCCGGGGGGCGGAGCUCCUGAAACUAAGGCAGACUCUGGGCAGCCUGCAGGCGAAGAGCAACUUCCACAGCGAACAGGUGGACUACUACAGGCAUUACAUCACAUCCUGUCUUGACAACCUGACAGCCAACAGUCAGGCGACCAAUAAGAAAGCAGCGGACAGCCGAGGGAAGAAGAAGCCUCCUGUUUUGAGCUACACCGCCGCCCGCCUGCAGCAGAAAGGAGUUCUGCUGGAGAUACAAGACCUGCCGUGCACACAGUUCAAGAAUGUCAUAUUUGACAUUGUUAGUGGACCACACAACGGAACCUUCUUUGUCACGGCGCGCUUCCUCGGCGUGGACAUGGAACAGUUCCUGCUCAAGUACCAGGACCUCCUGCAAUUGCAAUAUGAAGGUGUGGCCGUGAUGAAGAUGUUUGACAAAGCCAGAGUCAACGUCAACUUGCUCAUCUUCCUCCUCAACAAAAAGUUCUUCAAGAAAUAAAAGGUCUUUUUAUGCUUUUUUUUUUUUUACAUUAUCGUUGUUAGAGGAUGAAUAAACAAGAGACAUCUUGAGCA